UUGAAUCAUUGAUGAUAUACAAAAAGUUAAAAUUCAGGAAAUUUAAUUAAAGUUUGUGCCGUAAAAGUAAUUAAUAAUGAAUCUUCAUGAUUCUAAGUAUAACAAUGGAUUGUUGUUUGUAAAUUUUAAUCAGGAUUUUGGAUGUUUUGCAUGCGGUACACAUGAUGGAUUUCGAGUGUUUAAUGUGGAUCCACUUAAAGAAAAACAACGUCAAGUUUUGGAAGGAGGAAUUGAAAUUGUGGAAAUGCUUUUCCGAUGUAAUUAUCUAGCACUCGUUGGCGGAGGUCAUAAGCCAUUGUUUCCAUCAAAUAAAGUGCUAGUGUGGGAUGACUUGAAGAAACUUCCAGCUAUAUCACUAGAUUUUUCAACUCCAGUUAAAUCAGUAAGGUUGCGACGAGAUAGAAUUGUUGUUGUUCUAGAGGGUAUCAUUAAAGUCUACACUUUUACUCAAACACCACAGCAGCUUCUCGUCUUCGAAACAAGUCAAAAUCAGAAUGGUUUGUGUGUUUUAUGUCCAAAUAGUAACAAAUCCUUGCUGGCUUUUCCAGCUCGACGUACUGGUAAUGUUCUGAUCGUCGAUCUUGCAAAUACAGAAAAGGCUCCAUUAGAGAUAAGUGCACAUGAUUCUAAAAUUUCGUGCUUAGCAUUAAAUCUUCAAGGAACGAGACUGGCCACAUCUAGUGAGCGAGGCACACUUGUAAGAAUUUUUGAUACAGCAACUGGUCAAAAAGUGGCAGAACUGAGACGAGGAUCUAAUCAAGCAAAGAUUUAUUGCAUAAAUUUUAAUCAUUCAUCGACAGCAGUAUGUGUAGCGUCUGAUCAUGGAACCAUUCAUGUUUUUAAUCUGGAAGAACAGCAAAAGGAGAAAAAUAUUUCACAAAUCUUACCGAAAUAUUUCUCAAGUCAUUGGAGCUUUGCCAAAUUCUCUAUUCCAACAGGCCCUUCUGUCCACUGUAUAUGUGCUUUUGGCUCCGAUAACAAUUCAAUUAUUGUGAUCUCUGCUGACGGCUAUUACUAUAAGUUUAUUUUCAAUUCUAAAGGUGAUAUAAGUCGUGAAGUGUGCACACAGUUUUUGGAUCUAUCUGAAAGUUAAGCCUUUAAGGAGCUUUUUGAGAAAUGAUAAUGAGAUUACAAGACAUAUAAAGAGGG